GCGGGCGGCGGCAGGGGGCCGGGUGGCCGGGGUCCCGGGCCCCGCAGCGGCGGCAGCGGCGGCGGCGGCAGGAUGAUCAAGCUGUUCUCGCUGAAGCAGCAGAAGAAGGAGGAGGAGUCGGCGGGCGGCACCAAGGGCAGCACCAAGAAGGCGUCGGCUGCGCAGCUGCGGAUCCAGAAGGACAUAAACGAGCUGAACCUGCCCAAGACGUGUGACAUCAGCUUCUCAGAUCCAGACGAUCUCCUCAACUUCAAGUUGGUUAUCUGUCCUGAUGAGGGCUUCUACAAGAGUGGGAAGUUUGUGUUCAGUUUUAAGGUGGGCCAGGGUUACCCACAUGAUCCCCCCAAGGUGAAGUGUGAGACAAUGGUCUAUCAUCCCAACAUUGACCUCGAGGGCAACGUCUGCCUCAACAUCCUCAGAGAGGACUGGAAGCCAGUCCUUACGAUAAACUCCAUAAUUUAUGGCCUGCAGUAUCUCUUCUUGGAGCCCAACCCCGAAGACCCACUGAACAAGGAGGCCGCUGAGGUCCUGCAGAACAACCGGCGGCUGUUUGAGCAGAACGUGCAGCGCUCCAUGCGAGGUGGCUAUAUCGGCUCCACCUACUUCGAGCGCUGCCUGAAAUAGGGUUGGCGCACACCCACCCCUGCCAGGGCCACCAGCCCCGGCGUCCCCUGCAAAUAUUUAUUGGGGGCCACAGGUGGGGGGCAUGGGGUGGCCGGUGGGGGAAUCCCAUGCCCUGGCCUUGCCUCCCCUCCCUGCCACCCGCUCCUAGUUAUUAUUUUUUAACCACCAUGUGAUUAAGGUCGGCGCUGCCUCCCCCGACCCGCUCAGCGAUGGGAAAUGAAUUGGCUUGUCUAGCCCCCAGCUGGGUGCUGUCCAGCCCCCCACUCUGGGCUCUGGGGUGGGUGGCUAAGGGGACUGGGUGGCUGGGGCUCGGGCACUCCACCCCUCCACCACUGGAGGUCCCACCAGGCUAUUAAAGGGGAAUGUUACUGCA